CCUUUUGGGCAAAACUAAUGGCAUUCCAUUCCAUGCAGCUCUACCAAUUUUCCAUUUUUGUCAAACGUGAAAAAAAGCUAAGAAUUUUUUUUCAGCCACCGUUAUGGUGGCGGAAAGGGGCGGAGCUAAGUAGCGGCAGCCUCUUUCCGAUCUGUUUAAUAUAUAAAUUUAUGAACAAAAAAUGGAUUCCCAAAAUCCGGGGGAAGAUUCUAUUGUUGUUGCCGUUGAUAAAGAUAAGAGUAGCAGCUCUGCGGUGAAAUGGGCUAUUGAUAAUCUGCUUGGAAACAAUCAAAUUCUUGUAUUGGUUCAUGUUCGGGUCAAGAAUUCACCAAAGCGUAGCUACUUUAGAUUCAAAUGGAGGAUUAAGUGAUGAAGCUACUCAAAAUAUCUUCACACCUUUCAAGGUUUAUUCUGCACGCAAAAGGAUAGUAGUGAAAGAGAUUGUCAUUGAGAAUACUGAAGCAUCGAAGGGACUUCUUGAGUACAUCAACAGUCACAGUGUUAGCAACAUUGUUCUUGGUGCAUCGUCUAGGAGUGCUCUUGGCAGGAAAUAUUGGACUCAUGAUGUGCCAACAUUGGUAAAUAAGGCUGCACCAGAGUUUUGUGCUGUCUACGUAGUUUCAAAAGGCAAGCAACAAUCUGUCCGACCAGCAGCAAAAUCUCUUCCUUCUUCUGUACCAGCAAGACAACCAUCUUCAUCAGCAUGGUCAGCACCUAGGUCAAGUAACUCUGGAUCAGAAGAUUCAACCAGUAGGUUUUCAUACACGAGGUCAGAGCAAAAGAUUGUAGAAUCUGAGAAGACGAGGGGUGAAAAAGGACCAUCUAUUGUACCGAUAGAUAAUCUUCAUUCUCCCGAGAUGACAAAUCCAUAUAAGCACGCUUCUCAACCAGAUGGUAAUAUGCGGUAUGCUCGUAUUAGCCCUAGAUCAGUUGAUAUGACGUCUGAAAAUCUUGACUUCACACAAGUUGCCAUCAGAGAAACUCCUAUGAAUGGAAGCUCCUCAUAUUCAGUGGAUGCUGAGAUGAAAAGACUAAGACUUGAGCUAAGGCAAACUAUGGAUAUGUACAAUGCAGCUUGCAAAGAAGCGGUCGUGGCCAACCAAGCGGCUGAUGAGCUUAAUAAAUGGAAAAGUGAAGAAGCUCGCAAGUUUGAACAAGCCCGUUUUGCUGAAGAGGCGGCUCUCGCAAUUGCUGAGACUGAAAAGGCUAAAUGCAGAGCUGCUAUUGAAGCUGCUAAGAAAGCACAAAAGAUGGCUGAAAUAGAAGCACAGAGAAGGAAAUAUGCGGAGUUAAAAGCUAAGCGAGAGACAGAAAAAAAGAAACAAGCAAUGAAUGUUCGAUCUCAGAAUGAUAUACGUUAUAGGAAGUAUACAAUAGAAGAGAUUGAGGUAGCCACCAAAAAAUUCUCAAAUGCACAAAAAAUUGGAGAAGGUGGAUAUGGACCUGUUUUUAAGGGUAAACUAGACCACACACCUGUUGCAAUUAAAGUUCUGAGUGCUGAUGCUGCACAAGGGAAGAAACAGUUCCAACAAGAGGUUGAGGUCCUCAGUCUCAUUAGGCAUCCAAAUCUGGUGCUACUAUUAGGUGCAUGUCCUGAGUAUGGGUGCUUAGUUUAUGAGCUUAUGAAUAAUGGCAGCUUGGAAGAUCGUCUUUUUCGGAAAGGUAAUACCCCUUCAAUUCCAUGGGAAAUUCGCUUCAAAAUUGCUGCUGAGAUUGCAACCGGGCUUCUAUUCCUUCAUCAAUCAAAACCAGAACCUCUUGUUCACCGGGAUCUAAAGCCAGGAAAUAUUCUGUUGGACAAAAAUUAUGUCUGCAAAAUCAGUGAUGUUGGUUUGGCAAGGUUAGUGCCAUCAUCUGUAGCUGAUUGUGUGACACAAUAUCACAUGACUUCAGCUGCCGGGACUUUUUGUUAUAUAGAUCCUGAAUAUCAACAAACGGGAAGGUUAGAGACUAAAUCAGAUAUAUACUCGCUUGGUGUUAUGUUGCUCCAAAUUAUUACUGCAAGGCCUCCAAUGGGUUUAACUCAUCACGUUGAAAGGGCCAUCGAGAAAGGUAAAUUUGCAGAUUUUUUAGAUCCAACAGUGCCAAAUUGGCCAGUGGAAGAGGCUCUUAAGUUUGCAAAAUUGUCACUCAAGUGUGCUGAGCUGAGGAAGAAAGACAGACCUGAUCUUGGUUCAGUAGUAGUUCCUGAGCUUACUAGGCUUAGUGAAUUCGGAAUGAGCAGCAUGCCAGGUAUCGGUUAGCUAAACUUUGCCCCCCGUGCAUACUCAAAGAUUGCUCCCACACACAAUGGAUAAACUACUGUCAACUCAGGUCUGUGGCUUCUUCCCAUUACCAACAUUUAAUCGAGUGCAGUAAACAUCAGCUGUAUCGUUCAUUUUCCCUUUUCACGAGUUAAUCUUACUGAAGUUGAAGGAAAAAAUGAUCACUUAAGAGUAUUCCCUUGUUGAAACAUUUUGAUAAAAAGCUAAGUGAGUGAUGAUAUGAUGAACAUAUCGACAUUUUUACCUGUUCUUGGACAACUUCUGAUAUAUAAAAUGUUGUUCCAA